CUUUGUAUAUAAAUAUAUUUAUUCAUAUGUAACCAACUAAGCAACCAGAGUGUUUAUUUUGACUUCAAACAUUAAACUUAAACCUUAGAAAUAGGAGCAAUAAUAUUAAAAGCAAGAGUGCCAUUUAAAACCAAAUUUAAAUGAUGGCUAGCAGAAUAAAGGGUGAAUGUGACAACGAAGUUACUGAACAAGAAGAGUUACUCAGUGACGUGUUCAAAAAGAAUGGUAUUGAAGGUAUACAAACAUAUAUGAAAGAAGGAUUAAAUAAAUGGCGUGAAACUGAAUUGCAUAUUGCAGUUGCUGGAAAAUCAGGAUCUGGAAAAUCGACUUUUAUCAAUGUCAUUCGGGGACUUAAAUCGGGAGAAGUGGGUGCCGCUGAUACUAAUGUGGAAGAAUGCACGAUGAAAUGCCAGUCUUACACCCAUCCUAAAAACGAAAACAUAGUAUUUUGGGAUUUACCUGGAGUUGGAACGAAGGAAUUUAACCGGGAAAAUUAUAAAGAAGAAGUCAAACUAGCAAAAUAUGACUUUUUCCUUAUAUUUUCAUCAGAGCGAUUUAUGGAAAAUGAUGCAUGGCUGGCAAACGAAGUAAAACAGAUGGGUAAAAAGUUUUACUUUGUACGAACCAAAGUAGACGAUGCAAUUACCAAUGAGCCAAAAAGUAGGAAAGAACCGCGUGGUAGAGAUGUAAUCUUGGAAACAAUACGGAAGAACUGUUUAAAGCACCUCAAAGAGUUUGAUUUAUCUGAAAGUUUCGUUUACUUGAUCGACAACUUUAAAACUGAAGACUUUGACUUCAUUAAGCUACAAUCAAAACUAAUCGAGGAUUCACCACAACUUACACGACAGGCCAUAGUUUUUUCAAUUAUUAGUAAAACCGACGAUAUGAUGUUGAAGAAGAAGAAGGAACUCGAAAAAAGAAUUCCAAACAUUUCACUGAUAUCUGCAGUGACUAGCGCGAUUCCAGUUCCAGUGAUUAACGCGGCUGUGGAUCUUGUUUUAAUGCUGGAAGAAGUCAACUUUUACAGAGACCAGUUCGGUUUAACCCAAGAUGCAAUCAACAGAAGUGCACAAAUGCUAGGAAUGAGCGAAGAAGAGCUGAGAAUGGAUCUUAAAAUGAAAGAAAUACUCAUAGAUUACACAGUGAAAGGAUUAAUGACUGUCUGUCAAGCAAUUGUCAUAACGGAAGCAGUGGAAGAAGUUGCAAAAUUCAUGAUACCUAUUCUAGGCAGCGCUGCAGCUGGGGCGAUUUCAUACAAAUCAACUCACUACUGGCUGACAAAAAUUCUUGAAGGGUUGUACCAAGACGCUUUGGAAAUCAACAAAAAACUGAGUGAUCAUUCAGUGAAAUCAUCGUCGGUUUAA